UGUGCAAACAUCACCGAAAACAAUUUUAAAAAAAAUAUUUGCAAGCCAAACUUUGCUAAUGUCAACAAGGCUCGAGCGGCGGAGCUCAGCGCAGCGACUGCACUCGCACACAAGAACAUGUCCACGCCGCAGUUUCAGCCAGCCGCACGCACCUUCCCGCCGUGCGCGUCCCCGGCCCAGCAAUGUCCACCGGCUCCGGCCUGCGCUCCGGAAGCGUUCUGAGGGCACCUCCGCUUCUUCUUUUCCACGAGAGUGGCGUGUAGCGCAGCUCCGCCGCCGCCGUCCCCCUCCCGCACCUUCAUCGCCGGCUCUCGUACGCAGCUACCCCCAUGGGACUCUAACUAUGGAUUACCGCUGGAUACCGCUGCUGUCUACCGUGCUGCAAUUCGCAAUCCACCCAGGUCACACCAAGCCUAGCAUCACCCCCGCCGGGCCCCACCUGGUGGUCCCGCUCAACGCGCCCUUCGACCUGCGCUGCCAGGGCGACAAGGAGAUGCAGUGGCACCGGGAGGAGCGGCCCAAGGUGCGGGGGGAGCAGCGGACGGAGGGCGCGUCGGCGUUGCACGUGGCCCGCGCCCUGCCCGUCCACAUGGGCCGCUACGUGUGCCUGGAGAGGACCAGCGGCCAGAAGGCAUCCAUCUACGUCUUUGUCAACGAUCCUGACAACCCUUUCAGGAAAUCGAUGGUGUUCAACAUCCUCACCCGCGUGGGCGACGCCGCUUCCAUCCCCUGCCUGGCAACCGAUCCCGGCCUGUCCGAGCUGCGCCUGGAGACCUGCUCCGGCGAGCCCCUGCCCGCCGGCCUGCGCCACUCCGCCAGCCUGGAGCGAGGCGUGGCCGUGGCCGACGCGCGCAAGGCCUACGAGGGCUGCUACGUGUGCGCCGGCACGCUGCGGGGGAGGCGCGUGCGCUCGCACAACUAUCACCUGACCGUCAAGCCAGUCCCCGUGGCGCCCCCCGUCAUCGAGAUGCAAGCGCCCGAGCGGGUCGUCCUGACCCUGAACGAGGGCCUGGCCCUCACCUGCAACACCACCAACGUCAACGGCGACAUCAAGCUCAAGUGGGUCGCCCCGCCCGGCUCGGGUGCCGUCUGGUAUCCACAGCAACCAGCCAAGGUUGACACUGCGUCGCGUAUCCGGGCGGAGCACUUCGACCACAUGCGCAGCGCCACCCUGCGCGUGGCCGCCGUCGCCCGCCGGGACGCCGGACGCUACCGCUGCGAGGCCGAGAACGAGAGGGGGCUCAGCGUGCGCGCCGUGUGGCUCGACGUCUACGACAAGGGAUUCAUCAACGUAACGUCGACGAGCAACAGGACCGUCCACGUGCGCUCCGGCGAUAGUUUAUCGCUGCUGGUGGAGAUGGAGGCUUACCCGAGGCCCCGCACCUUCUCCUGGAGCUUCAUGGGCCACGAGCUGAAGAAUAACAGCGACCACGUCAUCACGACGCAGAGCGCGCGCAACUACGGGUACAGCAGCGAGCUGAGAUUAGUGCGACUGAAGCUGUCGGAAGGCGGCGUUUACAUGUUUAAAGCUUCCAACCAAGACGUCUCGGUGAACGAAACCUUUACCAUCUUCGUGACCACUAAGCCCGAGAUCGUGUCGCACGAAGGCCCGGUGGACGGCCAAGUGCGCUGCGUGGCCGAGGGAUUCCCCGCCCCCAAGAUCGCGUGGUACUACUGCGAGCAGCCCUACAUCAGAUGCUCCCAGCAGAUGAACGCCACCAAAGAAGAAACAGACAUUGUGACCAUCACGCUGUUCAGCCCCAUGUUCGGCAAGACGGAGGUGGAGAGCCGGGUGAACGUCAGCCGGGGACGCUUCAGCACGCUGGAGUGCGUGGCCACAGUGGAGGGCGAGCAGGCCUACAUGCUCUUUUCUAUCAGUGAGAAACCCAUCCCCCACAGUCUGUUCACCCCACUGCUGAUCGGUUCGGUAUCGGCAGCCUCCUUCCUCUGCCUGGUUCUCAUCAUGCUCAUCUACAAGUACCUGCAGAAACCAAAAUACCAGGUGCAGUGGAAGGUGAUUGAAGGAAUCCACGGUAACAACUACGUGUACAUUGACCCCACCCAGCUUCCUUACGACCACCAGUGGGAGUUUCCCAGAAACAACCUGCGUUUUGGGAAGACGCUGGGCUCCGGCGCUUUCGGAAAGGUGGUGGAAGCGACGGCGUACGGACUCUCCGAGGCCGACUCGGUCACCACGGUGGCGGUCAAGAUGCUGAAAUCGAGCGCUCACGCCACCGAGAAAGAGGCCCUGAUGUCCGAGCUGAAGGUUCUCAGCUACCUGGGAAAUCACAUGAACAUCGUCAAUCUGCUGGGAGCCUGCACCGUGGGAGGCCCCACGCUGGUGAUCACUGAGUACUGCUGCUUCGGUGACCUGCUUAACUUUUUGCGAAGGAAGAGGGAAUCGUUCUUCUUGCCCAAAACGGAGGAAGACUGCUACUACCGUAACGUGGCGUCGCAGAGGGGGACCAUGGGCGACAGCUUGAACGGCUACAUGACCAUGAGGCCGUCUGCCACUGGCAAGCCGCCUCCGUCGUCCUCCUCCUCCUCAUCAUCAUCAUCAAUCACCAUGGAGAAGAGAAACUCCUUCCGCAAAGGCGGAUCCUACGGCGAAGGAGCGGCCGAGGAGGAAAUGUUCGACGACGACGGCCUGUCGUUGGACACCGAGGACCUCCUCAGCUUCUCUUACCAGGUGGCCAAGGGGAUGGAAUUCUUAGCUUCCAAGAAUUGCAUCCACAGAGACUUGGCGGCCAGAAACAUCUUGCUCACUCAAGGGCGAGUGGCGAAGAUCUGCGAUUUCGGCUUGGCCCGAGACAUCACCACCGACUCCAACUAUGUGGUCAAAGGAAAUGCUCGGCUGCCGGUCAAAUGGAUGUCCCCGGAGAGCAUCUUCGAGUGCGUGUACACGUUUGAGAGCGACGUGUGGUCGUACGGGAUCCUGCUGUGGGAGAUUUUCUCGCUCGGCAACAGUCCUUAUCCCGGGAUGCCCGUGGACGCCAAGUUCUACAAGCUCAUUAAAGAAGGAUACAGGCUGGACUCUCCUGAGUUUGCACCUUGUGAAAUGUAUCAGAUCAUGCGGUCUUGCUGGGACCCCAACCCCAUCCAGAGGCCCUCCUUCAGAAAGGUGGUGGAGCAAAUUGAACAGCGGCUGUCAGAUGCAACCAAGCAUAUCUAUCUGAACUUCAGCUCCAGGCUCAUGGUGCCCCCCAGAUCCGCCGCCACCACCACAGAGGACGACGACGACGACGAGCCCAGAAUUCCGAACACGGCGUUCCAGCCGAGCUCGAACGGAAGCACCGCUCCGACGCAGCCCUUACUGCCCCAGCGCGAGGUCUUCCUGGAAGGCACGGGUCUUGGAGUCCAGAGGGUGUGAGUCCCCCCCCCCCCCCAACUGCCUCUUAAAAGAAGUGCCUCUCAUGUUCUGCUACUCCAACAAAACCUUUUAAAACACUGCCAUCCACUUAACCCUAACCAUUAAAAAAAAGAGACCGCCCCCGCCCUCUGUA